AUGGCGCCUGCCAAAGGUGAGCGCGCGGCGCUUCUGCUGCCCCCUUCUUGCACCGUUGGCCCUUCCGAAGAGGAGCAGGGCCCGAAGGUUGCUCGCUCCUCUCGGGUCCCCAUUUCCCUUGCACCAAAAAGGAGCCCUUCGUUUCACCGGGGGGGCGGGGGGGAAGGUGCUGAAACCUUUUGCUAUGGAUGCAGCAAUCAGAGAAGACAAGUGAUUUUUGUUGUUGUUUUUUCAGAAAAUGUCAGUUUGCUUUUAAAAUUGUACUACUUGACGGUGAUGACCUUGGUGGCUGCAACCUACACAGUAGCUUUGCGAUACACAAGAACAACAGAAACAGUUCUGUACUUUUCGAGUACAGCUGUCUGUAUCGCAGAAGUUAUCAAGCUAUUUCUAAGUUUGGGCAUUUUAGCAAAAGAAACUGGAAGCCUGAGUAAACUGUUAACUUCUUUAAGAGAAAAUGUGUUGGGCAGCCCUAAAGAACUACUCAAAUUAAGCGUUCCGUCUGUUGUGUAUGCCAUUCAGAACAACAUGGCUUUUCUGGCUCUUAGCAAUUUGGAUGCAGCGGUUUACCAGGUAACCUAUCAGCUGAAGAUCCCGUGCACGGCCCUGUGUACAGUCUUGAUGCUGAACCGCGCUCUCAGUAGGUUGCAGUGGUUCUCGGUCUUUAUGCUGUGCGGCGGAGUCACGCUUGUUCAGUGGAAACCAGCUCAAGCUACAAAAGUUCAGGUCGAGCAGAGUCCAUGGAUAGGCUUUGGUGCAAUAGCUGUUGCCGUUUUAUGCUCAGGAUUUGCAGGAGUAUAUUUUGAAAAGGUGCUGAAGAGUUCAGACACAUCUUUAUGGGUCAGGAACAUUCAGAUGUACCUCUCUGGAAUUGCUGUGACCUUGGCUGGUGUCUACAUGUAUGAUGGAGCUCAAGUGGUGGAGAAGGGGUUUUUCCAUGGCUAUACACAUUACGUCUGGUUUGUCAUCUUUCUUUCAAGCGUUGGAGGCCUCUACACUUCUAUUGUUGUUAAAUACACAGACAACAUUAUGAAAGGGUUUUCUGCAGCUGCUGCCAUUGUCCUCUCUACAGUUGCAUCAGUCAUUCUCUUUGGCUUACAGAUAACUGUGCCCUUCUCCUUUGGCGCUCUUCUUGUAUGUGUUUCGAUAUAUCUGUACGGGCUGCCUCGACAAGACACCACGAAAAUCCAGCUGGUGGAGACAGACAUGUCAAAACAGAAUCUUAUUAAUGUGUGAUAUUUACCAUCGCCAAGAACAUAAAAGACAAUGCAAGUAGAGACUUGAUUGGGAGUGAUCUUUGUUUUAUUUUCAAGAAGC